CAAACCAGCAGUUGCUUUCCCCACCUACUGUAGCCGCCGGAGCCCGGAUUCCCCGCCGACCUCCCAAUGACGUCGCCGGCCGCCGCGGCCCAGCACCCACGGGUGCUGCUGCGCUUCACCCACAACACCCUGCGCAUCCCCGAGGAGCUCGCCGCGGAGAUCGGCGCCGACCGGAGGCAGGGCCAGGCCCUGGCCCCUCGGGGUCGAGUGGGACGGCGAGGGCGCGUUCCUGGGCGGCGGGUGGCGCGAGUUCGCCGCCGCGUGCGGAGUCGAACCCGGGUGGCUCUAGGUCCUCCGCCACCGCGGCUGCGGCGUCCUCACCCUCAAGGCCUGCGACGAGGACUGCUGCCUCAGGGAGCUCGAGCUUGUCGCUCAACCACCUGCAGGCGCAGCUGAAGCAACCACUAGCAGCUGGGACACUGCCCAUAAGCCGCAGUUCCUCAGAGUGUUUCCAAAAGAUUUCAUGGGAAAGAUGGUUUGCAGACUGUGGCUACUAAUUUGCUUUUUCUCGCUUUGUUUUCUAUUAUUGGAAUGGCCUGACUUUCCUCUUUUAAUGUGUUCCUGCAGCUAAUACCUGCCAAAUUUGUGCAAUGGUACAUCCCCAAAGAGCACUUGUUGGAUAACCAUAUGGCCAUUGUUUCCGGCCCCCUUGGCAAAGUUUCUCACGUUGAGCUUCAGAUGAGUCAGUCAGAGGUGUUCUUUGGAGGUGGCUGGUCACAGUUUCUUGUGCUUCAUGAUAUCACUGAAUCUAAUGCAUUGCUGUUGAGGUACGAGGGCAAUAUGGUGUUUACUGUCAAAGUCUUUGAGCCCGACGGAUGCCAGAGAGAGUCCAAAUACAAGGACAUCAAAAUGCAACAAAGUGAGCAAAAGAUGAAUAAGUUUUUGGAUAUUUUUAAUUUGGAUCGUCUAUACUCUAUACAACGCAUGAAUGUUUUGGAGGCUUCCAGUUCCAACACUUGUCAUAAUGGCAUUGCUGCCAUCAAAC